CUGAAGCAAGCUAGAGGGCAAAUCGUCCUUUCCAAGGCCAGAAGCAGCUGUUGCCCAGAUUUUAAAGAAAGGAAGCCCUGAUACUUUGGUAUUGUACAUUCCAAGUCACCCUGAGUUGUCCAAUCAGACAGAUAUCCGUAGUUCUUUGGGGGCUACAGCCAACUGAUAGCCUUGGGGACCUGAGGGAGUUGGCAGUCUUGGUCUUCAUUACCUGCCCUGGCCCUGGCAAUCUCUUUAUCACCCUGUCCUCACCCUCCUGGAUUCUCCUCAGCGAAGUUCAAGAAAUAUCACUGAUUCCGGAUUCAGUGCCAACAAUAUGCCCAAGCAGGUGGAAGUUCGCAUGCAUGACAGCCACCUCAGCUCUGAGGAGCCAAAGCACCGAAACCUGGGCCUGCGCAUGUGCGACAAGCUGGGGAAGAACCUCCUGCUCUCACUGACUGUGUUUGGUGUCAUCCUGGGGGCAGUAUGUGGCGGGCUGCUUCGCUUGGCGUCUCCCAUCCACCCUGAUGUGGUCAUGUUGAUAGCUUUCCCGGGAGACAUCCUCAUGAGGAUGCUGAAGAUGCUCAUCCUCCCUCUCAUCAUCUCCAGUUUGAUCACAGGGUUGUCAGGCCUGGAUGCUAAAGCCAGUGGCCGCCUAGGCACAAGAGCCAUGGUGUAUUACAUGUCCACGACCAUCAUUGCCGCAGUGCUGGGGGUCAUCCUGGUGUUGGCCAUCCACCCAGGCAAUCCCAAACUCAAGAAGCAGCUGGGGCCAGGGAAGAAAAACGACGAGGUGUCUAGUCUGGAUGCCUUUCUGGAUCUCAUUAGAAAUCUCUUCCCGGAGAACCUGGUGCAAGCCUGUUUCCAGCAGAUUCAGACAGUGACAAAGAAAGUCCUGGUGGCACCUCAGGCUGAGGAGGUCAAUACAACCAAGGCCGUCAUCUCCAUGUUGAAUGAGACCAUGAACGAGGCCUCUGAAGAAACUAAGAUCGUUAUAAAGAAGGGCCUGGAGUUCAAAGAUGGGAUGAAUGUCUUAGGUCUGAUAGGGUUCUUCAUUGCUUUCGGCAUUGCCAUGGGGAAGAUGGGUGAGCAGGCCAAACUGAUGGUGGAGUUCUUCAACAUACUGAAUGAGAUCGUAAUGAAGUUAGUGAUCAUGAUCAUGUGGUACUCCCCACUGGGUAUCGCCUGCCUGAUUUGUGGGAAGAUCAUUGCCAUCAAGGACUUAGAAGUGGUUGCUAGGCAACUGGGAAUGUACAUGAUCACUGUGAUCGUGGGCCUCAUCAUCCAUGGGGGCAUCUUUCUCCCCUUGAUUUACUUUGUAGUGACCAGAAAAAACCCAUUCUCCUUUUUUGCUGGAAUUUUCCAAGCCUGGAUCACCGCCCUUGGAACAGCUUCCAGUGCUGGAACUUUGCCUGUCACCUUCCGUUGUUUGGAAGAUAAUCUAGGGAUUGAUAAGCGUGUGACGAGGUUCGUCCUUCCAGUUGGAGCAACCAUUAAUAUGGAUGGCACAGCCCUUUACGAAGCCGUGGCUGCCAUCUUCAUAGCCCAAAUGAACGGUGUCAUCCUGGAUGGAGGGCAGAUUGUGACCGUAAGCCUCACAGCCACCCUGGCAAGCAUUGGUGCAGCCAGUAUUCCCAGCGCCGGGUUGGUCACCAUGCUUCUCAUUCUAACAGCCGUGGGCCUGCCGACAGAAGAUAUCAGUCUGCUGGUGGCGGUGGACUGGCUCCUGGACAGGAUGAGAACUUCAGUCAACGUUGUGGGUGAUUCAUUUGGGGCUGGGAUCGUCUAUCACCUCUCCAAGUCUGAGCUGGAUACCAUCGACUCUCAACACCGAAUGCAUGAAGACAUUGAAAUGACCAAGACGCAGUCCAUUUAUGAUGACACGAAGAACCAUAGGGAAAGCAACUCUAAUCAGUGUGUCUAUGCCGCACACAACUCUGUCAUAAUAGAUGAGUGCAAGGUAACUCUGGCGGCCAAUGGAAAGUCAGCUGACUGCAGCGUUGACGAAGAGCCUUGGAAACGUGAAAAAUAAUGACCUGACUCUCGGCCAAUUCUUGAAUAAACUCCCCAGCAUAUCUUAUGGUAAAAGAUGCUCUAAACAGGCUUCCUUUACAAAAGGAAAAAUGCACAUAUUUCUAUGUUUACUUAAUCUGUUAGCCGAGGCUUAGAGGAGCUGUUGUAUACCCGUGAUGACAGGCACAGUGCUGUGUCUUUGCCAAAUAAUGCUUCAUAACUGUCUAAUUUUCUUACUUGUGUUAUUACCUGAAUGGAUGAUGCUGGAGACACCACUUUAAACAGAAGACACGUUCUUGCCAGCUUCCCUUUGUCUCAAUGUACAACUGUGGAUGCUCUUUUCCCGGGGGACAGGACGAAAACAGUGUGGUACACUCCAGGGACUUGAGACAAUGAGCACACACAGUGUGGUAUUCCUUAAGUGUUCAUGGCUUACCUUGUUCUGCACAAUGAUCCUGCUAGAAGCUUCUAGAAUUUUUCCCCCUCCAGACUGUAGAGUCGGCACCUGCACUGAUUGAAAGCAUCUGUCGUAGGGAACUUGCAUUUUUGUGUACUGUCUAAGUUAAAUAUUUCAGAGUUUCAGUGGGUGCCCAUACUCUUGGAAGGCAGGUGACCUUGGAGCCCACAGUUGCUCUGCCUUCCCUAUUUGUGUGUGUGUGUGUGUGUGUGUGUGUGUGUGUGUGUGUGUAAAAUGGGGAAUUUAAAUGAACUAAGAAUUAUUUGCAUAUAACCUUGAGAAAAGUAAAAGAACAUAGUCAACCUAAAUUUUAACCAGAUUUAAAUAUCCAAACUCACUUGUUUGACUUGUGUUCAGACAGCAUAGUGAAGUUAGGUGUGAUUGUCUGAUCUCUGUUUCUAUUUGUUUCACUCUUAAUCUCAUUUGACUUCCUAACAAAAAGAUAUUUUCAAUAUCCAAAUUGCUUCCCUCAUGUUCUUCUCCAUCUAUGUGGCUGAAAUUUAGCUUCCUCACACAAAGGGACGCAUGUUGGCUGUGCUUCUUCUCAUAUCAUUUCGAUAUAUAAUAUAUAGAAAGUGUUCCAUUAUAUAAAGCACCUGAAAACCAUCAUAAGACACAACCAAAUCCUUCCCCUUCAGUGAGAAAGGAGCAUAAAGCCAACCUUUGUAUAAAAUCCCUUAAAGGUAAUAUUCCUAUGACAGAGUCCAGACAGUCUCAAACCAUCAAGUGGGGCAAAGAAUGGCUCCACACAAGUCUCAGAUAGAUUCCUUUCCAAGGACUGUGAAAGUUUGAAGGAAGAAAUAAUAUAAUUGUCACGGAAUGGUGGUUUGCCUGUGGUACACAGCCAACAAAUUAAUGACUAGUUGUGCAAGCUAAAAUUAUGAGUGUCUCUCCUAUUAUCUUCUGUUGAAUAACCCACAGUAUUUUCCCAAGAUUCUUGAGCUUAAGGGUUAGCUGGGAACUUGAACCACUAAAAAUCAAAAUACACUUGACUCUAAGGAGCAGAUGGAACCUGGUCCAUAGGUCAGAGUGCAUAUGUCCUCUGAGGCAAGUAGAGUUAGGAAGACAUUCCUAAAUAAGUAAUAGGACCCAGCAUCUCUGAGAAAGGGUACUUACUGAGACAUUGCCUCUCCUUUUAGCCUCUCUUGUGACUUCUGUCUUUCAAAUCAAACAGCUUGGAAACAUAUGAAUUAUAAGAGAUUCCUUUUUUGUUUUGUUUUGUUUCAUUUUUUUUAAUCUCAUAAACCUUAAUUGUUUGAAAACAAGGAUCACACAAAAAACAAGAGAUUCCUGUUUUUUUAACUAUUGUUUUUUUCUUUGUUUUAUCCCAUAAACCUUAACUGUUUUUAAACAAGAAUCAUUCUGGAGCAGUAUUAAUGACUAUUUUGUUUUGGUUUGGUUUCUGGUUUUUGAAACUAGCUCUUGCUAUGCAGCCCAGGCUAGCUUCAAACUCACACCCUUCCUGCUCAGCCCCAGUUCUAAGAUGAUAGGUGGACACCACCACAUCAGUUGGCAGAUGGUUUUUGAAUGCUGGUUGUUUUCACCUUCAUCUGAGGGUAGCAAUGACAGGCAAUUAAUUCCUUAUAGAAGACAAGUGAGAUCAAGGUGAUCGUCUGGUUUAGCUGUGGAACUAUUCUAGAGCAUCUGUAAGUGGUACCCCCCAUAUGGGGGUGCUUUCCUCCCCUGAAUAGAUGUAUCUAGGGAAAGCAUCCAGGAGCAUGCUGGAUUUUGCUAUGUGUGACCAGGAAGGCCAUUCCAUACAAUGGUUCUCCCCAUAUGAAAGGCCAUCUCAGUACUUGUACAUUGACCUUUUCUCAGAAGCACUCACAGGGAGACAAUGUACGUUGUCACCUCAUAUUCUGCCUGAAGAUCUUUCUAAUUUGUUUUGUCUUUAGCUUGCUUCUAGCUGUCCCAUUAGCCUAUGUGAAAGGGCAGUGUUUUCAAGAUAGCCAAGGUACAUGGCUUCACUAGUCAGAUUUUCCUGGUCUGUGACUACAUACAUUGUCUAAUGAGAAUAUGUUAAGGAAAUCACAUUUAUCUAGAAAUUGAAAAAAUUACAUUGAAAAUAAACAAUUCAUCAAAUCUGAGACUAUUCUGAAAACCUAGGAUGUGGGUGGAAUUGACAUAGUACUAUGUCGUAUUUUUGUAAGUCCUCAUCCAUCCUUCCAAUGGCACACCCACUGGGGCUUCCUUUGCCUAGAAAAGGUGCCAUAAGUGAAAAAAAAAAAACAGAUCCCAAGUAUAUUUUAAAAGCCUUAGUCUAAAUAGGGUACUUGUCACUGUGUGUAUUAAUACAGCCAUUGCAGUUCUGAAUGCCCAAUCUUUUAGUGUAGCUCUCUCUCUCUCUCUCUCUCUCUCUCUCUCUCUCUCCUCCCUCUCUUUUACAUAACCACAGUAUAUGUGACACAGUGUCACAUACACUAACUCCAGGGAGUUAUGCUAGGGCUUCGGUAAGCCUAUUCUUUAAAUGGAUUCAGUUGAUACUUUAUCAUUUCAGAAGCAAACCAAUUGAGCAGACGUUCACCCUUCCCUUCCUUACCCUUUUCCUUUGAGAAGCAAGAGGAAUCAUUAUUCAGGUAUUAAGGAACAUUCACCAAAUCCAGUCAGUGAAUAGGAUGGUUGUGUUUGAAGGUGGUGAUUAACUUUAGGUUUCUGAGGGUAACCUCUCCAUAUACAGUAUGCUAGAGAAUUGAGGCAGCCAUCAGGAUCUGAGCACACAAAACCUCAGUAAAGUCCUGGAGGUGAUUUUAGGACCACAAGGUCACUACCACAUUCUGUUUUAUACUUCCUGUUGGAUAUAGGAAAAAGCCUGUGUGGCCUCAUUGCCUGUAGACACCAUAAAAGACAAACAGCCAUUUCUCCUCUCUCUAGUCAGCUUGGACAUUCAUAGAGUGAAAGGGUACCAAAAUGUCCCUGGAUGGAAACUAAGAAAAUAGAGAAACAGAUAGGAAGAAUUCAGCUAAUGGGGCAAUUCCUGCUAGAGGACUCUGGGAAUCUCAAUGCUCGACUUGAUUCUCAGGUAAUUUCCAGCUGUGGCUGGAAAAUCAUGCCACAUGCAUUUGGUCAGAGGCCCCUUUCAGCCCUGAGAGACUGGGAAGCUUAUCUGUGGGGUCCUCAAAAGAAAACCCAAUCCUGCCUUCUUUCUGCAAAUCAUCUCCCCUUUGUCCUCCAAAGCAAAAGUUCACUGUAACUUUUCACUUUCAGCAGAAUCCAGGCUCUUGCCUAUGUACUAUUUCCCUCAUGCAAUAGCGCAAUAAAUCCAAAAAAGUGUUCACACGCUUCUGACUCCGAUAGACAAGUCCGGGCAGCAUCAGCCUUUGAUGACUAAAACUGAAGCAGUUACACCGCAGGGGCCAACUCACCCAGCUUCUGCUCUCUGCACACUGCCCUGCACUUUUGCUUUGCUUAUUUUCCAGCCGAACUCAUUAUAAGCCUAGACAAAGUACCAGAUGGGAUUUUCCGGUAUUGGGAUACUUACAGGACUCCAGGGCCAAGGGUCAUAAGGAGACAAAGUUUAAGUGUCUCAAGUGGGGGUUUCCUAAAUCAAGUUGUCACUGAAGAUUCAUGGUCUUGGCAUCUAUACUACUUUCUGGCUAAACCCAAAAGAAGGGUCACCACAUGCCAACCAAGCCAGGUAGCAAAGGUGUCAGCUAUUUUUCCAUGAAUGGAGUGAGAUAAAAUCUGCUCAAAAACACCAGCUAGUUUAGGAUUUUCCCUAAAACUCUCUUCCCAGUUCUCUGCUUUCUUCCUUCCUCCUCCUUUCCUUCCAUCCCAUUGCUCAACAGACAGAGUAGUAAAUGGCCAUGUAGUUAUGUGGGGGCUUGUUUGUAAGGAGAUAGCAGAUCUCAGCUGAGUAAUAUUCAGUCUCACUACCAUAGUCUGAGCCAUAAUCAGGCACUGACACAGGGAUGCAAGGAUGCUUAAAAACAACGUGGUUUGGGAGAGGAACCAUUUGAUUUAGAUACUGCUCACUUGAAGCUUACAAAAGCCACUGUCUGCCUGCCCAGGCUUCUUUUGAUUCUGUAUGAGAAGAGGGGGGAUUGGACCAAAUGACUAAAGUCCCUGUCUAGCUCUGCAAAUGCACUUUUCCAAUCUCUGCUUUACUUUUUCCAUCUUCAGAGGUUUCCUGCUCUAAAACAUGACUUACUUAUAUUUUAAGCUGUAAAGACACACAAUAAUGAAUAAUCAGUUUAGAUUCUCCCCCCCUCAUUCCCUUAGGAAAACUCAAACUGGAGCCUCUGUUCAUUCCACACUUUACAAGAGGCUUGGAGAGUGGCCAUUUAAACCCAUAGUUCACUGCUCUUCUGAGACACCAGUAAAUAUCCCUUUGUGAAGAUUCCUUUGACCUAAACUCACUGUUCUCACAGGAGAUGCAGUUCUGCCCAGGGAGAUGUUCUGCAGAGUCACCAGGAGGGACCAGGCACCUCACAGCUGCACUUGAGUUCUUGCAUCAUACCUGCUGUAGCAACAGAGCCCACUCCAAAUAUUCAGCCCACAUCACUUUCCCCAAACAGUCCUAAUUGCCAAUCCUGUAUGGGAAUUUGGGAGGCUCUGGCAAACAAGCUUGAACACUCCUGACAUUUGGUGCAAGAUUUACACAACCACAGCAACCGUCUCCAUAUGUGUGCAGACAUGAACAUUCAUUCCUGAACCAGGGAGAUGAGUCUUUUCUCGAGGGAUGUGCAGGCAGAUUUGAUUGAUUUCAUUUGAAAGUUUUCCUCCUCGUUUGCUUGCAUAACAGACAUAACAUUAUAGGGAGAAAUGUUGUCACUUAUAAGAAUGGAGUUUUCCCAUUUUCUUGUGCCCUUUUCUGUGCCCACAGAGUCUCUAAGUAGUUAGAAAGUUGUGAGGUAGCUUACCCUCUCUGCUUCUGUUGUAAUAGACCAUAGCUUGCAUGUUUGCCCUCUGACUAAAUUUCUGCUAGAAUAGAGUUGACAUGUCUAGUGUAGUGAACAUCUUCAUUGCCAGAAAAGAUUUUAGCUCUUCAAAUUUGGGAGAGCAAGUUGGAAAACCAGGUCUAAAAGGUUAAUUUUUGCUGUUGGUGGUGAUGGUGGUUGCUUUGCACCCUCCCCCACCUGCUUCCCUGCCCCAAGGUGGCAGAAGAUCUAGAGGAGAGAGCAGAAAGUUGAUAGUGUUUCGUAAUUGACCCACUUAAGGUCAUCAUGGAAAAGUGGGAGAUAAGGUUCUGGAAUCAUUUCCCAUCAGCAUUUUUUUUAUGCCAAUCUCCCAAUUUUGUUAGAACAGACCUGUGCACUGCAGAGUCAGCACGUGACUUAGACAGUUGGUGGCAGUAUAUCUGGGUUCCUCUGGAGACACCCCCAAUCCCCAGAUGAACUUUGGAACCUAACAACUGACUGUUAUCCUUGUCAUCAUCCUCUGGGGCAUGGGGAUGAUGCAGUCAGAGCCUUGCUACUUCUGGGUUCUGUUUCUCCUCAUGGCAACCACUUACCCUGCCUAGAAACGGCCUGGUGCCCUUGAAUUGGGAACAGAUACACUCACGAGCCAAGGAAGUUGGUCAAACAUAUCCGUAAGGUUUCUUCAUGAGCAAAUUCCCUAAUACAUGCUAUCUGAAACUCAGCUCCAUGGUGACUUUCUGCUCCAUAUUUCCCUUCCUGUCUAAGAAUCUGGUACCCAGACUCUUCUACAGCUCAUCUCAACCCUUUCCUCUUUCUUCCUGCCUCUGCAAGAGCUCAGCAUCCCAUCUCCAUGCUGUACAACACAAACCAGACCAUCUGGUUACUAUAGAGAUUUGUAUAUAUUAAAACAAGCCUACUUUUUGGGGAAUUUUUGUAUAUUCUUUUUCUAUUUGUUUUCUACAGCUUGAGGAGAGAGCUGGCAAACUGUGAAUCUAAUUUUAUCUUGAUGCCAGCAGAUAUAUUUUAGCUUCCUGGGAAGAAUCUGUGUUACUAGGGACAACAUAUCACCCUCUGAUCAGUAUUGCACCCCAAAUCUACAAAGUUACUUUGGCCCAAUCUUACAUUCUUUCUUAGAUGAAUCCCCACAGUUAUUUGCUAUUAUUUAUAAAGAGAAAUAUUUAUAGACCUGGAUAUUACAAGUUUAAUCUUAAUUUAGCCUUUAAGAAUGUUAUGCAUGUUUGUAUCUAUUCUUCAAAAAUCAUAAAGACUCAGAGUUGGCAGAAAUAAUCUAUUUAGUAUCUGUAAUUUUUCAAACAGAUAUUUUCUUAUGAUAUUUUCUAUACAACCACAUAGAAGUAUAACUAAUUAGAGCACAAGUUUCUAUAGCAAUUUAGGGGUAUCAACUGUUUCCUGAGCAUACAGCCACAUUUGAGAAAUUUAGGAACUCUGGUCCUUAAUGAUGCAAUGACUAACAUGACCAAACUAGGAGCAAGGAAUUGCUUAACCCCCUUAGAUAGUUAGGAUAUGCAUCUAGACAAUUAAUCCUCCAAGGCCAAGGAAAGGUGCUGACUUCUUUUCUUCCAGCACCAGACCUUGUUUUCCCAAUCGACCAUUCUAAUUUACUUUCCCGUAAGAUGAAUAAAGACCGGUGCUAGCAGUGGGAUAAUUUCUAUAUCAGAAUCUCCCAUGCAUUCCUAAAUAUUUAUGUGAAAAUUGGCCUAGGAAAGGGUUGAGUAGCAAAGACUGAGGAUGAAUGGUAAGACAAGAAUUUGGGACAGGUUUGGUGCAGUUUUGAGUCUUGCCAAGCACAAUGAAAGCAAAACCUCACAUUGUUAUGUGAAUCAAACAUAUAUUUUUAAAAGAAACGAAAGACAACAUAUUUUUAGUACCUGCUCAGAAUCCAUGCUGAGUCACUGGGGGGUUAGAGGUGGGAGUCACACUGAGAUUAUUUGUAAUAAACCCAAAUAGAUUAUCCUCAGGUAGGCAUCAAACUAUGUAACCAUCCCACAAGGUAAACCAGUAGCCACGGAAAACACGAGGUGUCUUUCCUCCGCCAAACACAUUCUCUGAGAUGGUGGUGGAACUAGUAUUUUACCGUGUUUGAAAGGGUAGUCCGUUACAUAGAACACAUACUAGGAUGUAUUUGAACCUGCUCCUCAUCAAGCAAACAGAUUAGAUGUGCCCUCAACUGGCUAAGAUUGUAUCUGUUUUCAAGUACAGCUAGCUAUCAGAGCAUGACAUUCUUGUGUGUACACACUGACACUUGGUUCACGCAUGAAGACAGUGCCUAUGCACUUUGUGUAGCGGUGAUGUAGGUAUUUGUGUGUAAUUUCAGUGAAAUGGUGUAUAGAUGUAAUUUAAUUUAAAUGUUGUUCUUGGCUGUUUAUCUAAUUCCAAUAGAUUUGUUGAUUGCCAUUUGGAAAACCUACUGUUUGUCUUAGGUAUCUCCUAGGGGUUAUUUCUCUUUCUCAAUGUUAUCUGAGUGAAGAACUUACCUAUGAAACCUCCAUACUGAUGAUUGUUUGCAAAUCUAUCUGUUCAGCACCUUUGUAAAUACAACUCAGAGCAGGGAUGGGGUUGAAUGUGUGUCUCACCACACAGUGAAAGUCAUCCUAUACCUGCACCUUUUCCCACUCAGUGCACCUGUGGAACUCAUGGUUGACAAGGCUGAGGGAGGUUCAGAAUGAGGAUAUUUGUCUCCUGACUUCCUUCAUCAGUGGACUGGUCUUAGAGAGACAAAGAAGGAGGGCUCCACCUGCUCCUUGGCAUGCUAGAAUCGUGUCUUUGGGGGAGGGUCGACCUCGCUGGCUGUCAGUUCUUUGUAAUGACAUGAUACCCAUGACCUAAGAUUCUGAAGAGCCUUGUUCCCUUUGACUUCUUGAGUCAGAGUACAGAAAUGUAUUUACUGAUUAGCUGCCAUGCAGGUGACCCCCCCUCCCCCAAAAAAGCACAGUUCUGGCAGCAUUGCACAUUUGUCAGAAAACAACAGAAUACUAUAAGCACAGCAAGGCUAGGGGCCAGCCUUGGCAGCGGCAAAGGACCAACCUCUGAUGCACUGAUCCCAAGUAUGUGAUGGGAGUCUGAUCUCCUCUACCCAGGAUGCUCUGUUUGUAUGUGUGAAGUGGGUGAGAAUGAGACUAACAAUGACCAAUUCCUCCUCAUUCUCACAAGCUGUGAGGUCUGUAGCUCCUGUAACCCCUUUCUUCCUUGCAAAGAUGGGAAGAAACAGCAACAUGCUGGAGAGUGCCCCCCCCCCACACACUUUUCAAAGAUCCUGAAGAUGUGAAGCACAUUCAUUUCCAGGGGCUUCUCCAGAUGUGUGGAGUGAGGAGUUGGGUGGCUGGGUCCUUCAAAUUCUGGAUGAAAAAAAAAAAUGUACUGAAGGGAAGUAGACUUUAGGCAGGAUUAUCUUUGAAUGAAAGAGUAAUGGUUUCCCUCAAGUUCACAAGUCCCCCGUUGGUCUGAUGUCAUGUAGCAUAGUGUAUCUAUAGCAGCGCAUGGUAUUUAAAGACUAAUGAAUGCAAAAAAAGAUGAGAGACUCAACUAAUUUGGGGAUUGUUUCUUAUAUAUGGUACUAGGAAAUACCUUGUUGGCAAAGCACAUCUUGGGUAGUUAAGGUCUCCCGUGUCUGUCUUAAGCUUUUUUGUGAUGUGGACUGAUGACUGUAACAUUUCAUGUGUAAAAUAACUGGAAAUAACCUGUGAAUCCAACCUUUCACUAAGUGUUUUAACUUCUGUGGAUAUAUAUUUCUCAUCAAUAAAUGUGGAUUCCAAUUUC